AUGUAUACCAAGAAGAUCCUCCUCGUCGUGGCAUCGACAGUGGUGACUUCUCAAUGUCUGCCUAUUGUGAAGGCGAACAUCAGCCCUUCAGCCAUGUAUCCCAAGCGCCAACAAGCGAACUAUGUGCCCAUAGCCAACGAUGAAGGAGAUUUACAAGAAAACCAUGAACUUCCAAGCAUUCAAGACUACCGACGUUGCUCGCCCUCCUACACUACUCUGUAUGUGUUCUUUGUGUUCACAUCCUGUGCGAUGGAACUGGUGGGAAGUGUAAAGAAGACGCUCGUCUAUGACCGAAGAUUCUCGAGCGCACCGUCAAAUGAGACCGAGAAGGCUUGGAUGGGGCUCUUUCCGGAUGGUCUUGGCUUCGUCCAGCAUCCCAUAGUCUCCCCCGAAAUCUCCGCGAUAGCAGUGUUCCACUCUCUGCACUGCCUUCAUGCGAUUCACGGGGGAUACUACAAAGCUGUAUCGAUGCAUCUGAACAAGAGGCAGCAGGGGAACCACCACGAUGCCAGUGACGGCGUGUCAGCGUCACACGAGGACCACCAAGAUCCUGCACACCUGAGGCAUUGCUUCGAUUAUUUGCGACAAUCGCUCAUGUGUAGGUCAUGGACUGAGCUUUAUAUGGACGAGCGGACCUAA